AUUAUAUUUGAUAGUUUAAGUAUCACCCAAAGCUAUAGAUACAGCGCGUUAAAUCAGGAAUGUAAUUUACUACAGGCAUAUAGACACACACAGUACAUUCAGAAAGUAUUUAGACCCCAUCACUUUUCUAGCAUAAUUAAUCUAAUCGUGAUGGACCACAUUGAUAAGAAUGUUCACUUCCUCCACUCAAAGGAGUCAAACACGCGAUCGUACCUAGCCCUCACUCAUUGUUCCAGAGUUAAAAAUACCAACGUGUCUAUGUUAGUGACCCUAGGACUCGGGGUCUGGUGAGAAUGUGGCCUUUAAAUCUGUCUGACGCCUCCCUAGGUUCCUCUGACGUGGGCGGCGGGCAUGGUUCCCAUGAGAACCCCUGGGAAUUGCCUCAAUGUCUCACAUGACUGAGGCAGGGCAACUAGCUAGUGUCUCAUGACAAAUACUAACAACGUUUUAGAAUUGUAAAACAUAGAGGAAAUAACUUAACUGCCGAGGGUACAUCCUUGUCUUUGGGCAUCCAGUGUAAUGCGUCCAGGCUUCUCUUCCAGGAAUUGUUUACUGUAAAUACAUUGGCUGGCCAUCCUCCUCCACUCUUCCAUCAAAGGGUUACAACUCCUUUUCUCCUCGGGGAUCACAUGCUACAUCACUUGAUCAACCUGAUGUGCACACGAGCAGACUACAAAAGAGCCCUUGUGAGAGAACUGCAUAAAAACAGGAAAGCAAGGAUUCAGAUACGCAUGCAAUGUAACAUGCUUUAGCAGAGUUGUAAAUGAAUCUCUUGUCAUUCUCCUGUCAUCCAAUUCUCUCUGUUAGGACUACUGAAUGUCUGGUAAUGCAUCAUUAAGUGAUAAUUUCAUGGAACACCAAAUUAUUCCAGGAAUAAUUUUGAUGUAAAGGAAUGUAGUGUUGUGAGAUGGGGUUAAAAAGCCAUAAUCUUAGUCACGUGCUUUAAAAAAAAAAAAAAAAAAAUUCAUUCAUCUAAAUCAAACCAACAGUACACCCCAUCUCUCCUCCAAUCUCCGCAGCCUCUCCUCUCCUUGCCUCAGAUCAGGACUUGAGGCUACUUGAACUCAUUGCUCAACUAUGCAGUAGAGAAUUAGCUUGAGCCAAGAAGCAGAGAUUGGGCUGUUUGACAUUGACAAGCGGGCUGAGAGCUACACCCAUACACCCUUCAUCUCCCCCAGUAGCUAUGUCCCUCCUCACAGGGGACCAACCCCAGCCAUGCAGGCUUCCGGAGCCCGGAACACACAUCACAGGUCUGGGCUGUUACUCAGUGGGGAGUGUGGACUGUAGGGAGUCUAUGAAGGAGGACUACUUGGACAGUAUGGAGCCCGUUGUGUUUGGGGUGGUGGAGCUUCCGAGGCGGUCUCGGGGGAGGUUGCUGCUGCAUGGCAUGGUGAUGUUUGGAAGGGAAUUUUGCUAUGCGGUGGAGGCAGCCUUUGUCACGCCGGUGCUGCUUAGUGUCGGACUUCCUCAGAGCUUGUACAGCCUUGUGUGGCUGAUCAGCCCCAUCCUGGGCUUUCUGCUGCAACCCAUCAUCGGCUCGGCCAGCGACUACUGCAGGUCCCCGUGGGGCCGACGGAGGCCCUACAUCCUCGCACUGGGGAUUAUGAUGCUGAUGGGCCUUACCUUGUUUCUAAAUGGAGAUGCAGUCAUAUCAGCGUUAGUACAGGAUAGGUCAUUGAAGAGGAUAUGGGCCAUCGUCAUAGUCAUGUUUGGAGUGGUGCUAUUUGACUUCGCAGCAGACUUCAUCGAUGGGCCAGUCAAGGCCUACCUCUUUGACGUCUGCUCAUACACAGACAAGGAAAGAGGACUGCACUACCAUGCCCUUCUCACAGGGCUUGGGGGUGCCUUUGGGUACCUCGUGGGAGCCAUGGACUGGGGUCACUCGUCCCUGGGCCGACUGCUGGGAUCAGAGUACCAGGUCAUCUACUUCUUCUCUGCUCUGACCUGGAUGGUAUUCCUCAUCGUGCAUCUCUUCAGCAUCCCAGAGACACCCCUGGCCAAGGACAUUAGCUUGGACGUGUUGACCCCCAAUGCCCUCCUCCUCCUCAGCACACACAGCAGCAGUGGUGGCUAUGGAUCCUUGCAUGGAUCGAUGUCCCAAGAGUCGGAGGCAGACCUCCGGCCUCGUUCAUUCUCUGCCCUGGGGGAAGCCAAUUCCGUCACAUCCAGUGCCAAGCAACCCAACAAAGAGCAGAAGAGGAUGACUCUGAAGUCAUGUCUCCUGGCCAUGAUUAACAUGCCUAGUCAUUACCGCUGUCUCUGUGUCAGUCACCUGCUGGGUUGGACUGCCUUCCUCUGCAACAUGCUUUUCUUCACAGACUUCAUGGGACAGAUUGUGUAUAAGGGCAACCCAUAUGCGGACCAUAACUCCACAGCCUACGAGCGGUAUGAGAGGGGGGUGGAGAUUGGAUGCUGGGGUCUCUGCAUCAACGCCGUCUCCUCUGCUCUUUACUCCUAUGUCCAGAGGCUGCUGCUGCCCUACAUCGGUCUGAAGGGGCUCUACUUCGUAGGAUACUUUGUGUUUGGUCUGGGCACCAGUCUUAUCGGCCUGUUCCCCAACAUUAUCACCACACUCAUCCUGUGCAGUGUCUUCGGAGUCAUGUCCAGCACCUUGUACACCAUCCCUUUCAACCUCAUCUCAGAGUACCACCGCGAGGAGGAGUUGCAGAGGAAGACGGGGAAAGGGAGUCCUGCAGGACAGGAUCGAGGCACCGGCGUGGAUUGUGCAGCGCUCACUUGUAUGGUGCAGCUGGCUCAGAUCAUCGUGGGGGCGGGACUGGGGGCAUUGGUUAACAUGGCAGGAAGUGUGAUUGUGGUGGUCCUGUCAGCGUCGACAAUGUCUCUAAUUGGUUGUCUGUUCAUUGCCCUCUUCAUCAAAUACGUGGAAUAACCUCUUAAUAAAGAUAUUUACUUAUACCCUUAAA